AUGUGUAACACGAUCCUCCUGUCUGUCCCUCGCUCUGUCCCUCGCUCUGACCUCAGCCAAUCAGACACCAGCAGUGAGAAAGAAAACCCCCUCUCCCGGAGACCGUCGUCAUGCCAACCUCCUGCUCAGUUCACCUGCAGGGACUCCGGCUAUGAACCGACCACUUCCACCUCCACCACCACAGCUGCAAACUCCCAUCAGGCCGACCACCACCACCAAACUGUAGACGCAGAUCUGGACUUAUCUCCAGCCAGUCAGAGAGAAGAAGGGGAGGGCUGGGACCGCGAGCAAGCCAAGCGAUUGGAGGAGAGGAACAAGUGGUUUGAGGAGGGGGUCCUCUUCAGGGGGAUGGGCAGCAGGUGGGACUCCAUGGAGCUGAAAAGGGGGAGUGUACCUGUGCCUGUUAUUGAUACCAUGGACUCAGAGGUCAACAGGAAGUGGGUGGAAUUUGAGACUAUGUCAUUUAGGGACAUGAGCGCGCAGUCUCUCAUUGGAGCCCAGGCUUAUCAGUCAAGCACCCCACAGGCAUCACAACCUCUCGUUAGCUCCCAGGUGUAUCAGUCGAGCCCUGAAGAGACCGAACAGUCUGUCACCACUUCACAAACUGAUAUAUCGAGCUUCAAAGAGGCUCUCCCAUCCAUAAAUGGAGCUCAAACUAUUCAAACAAAUAAAGCAGAAGCACUUCAGAAGGAGGCCCUCUCUCUUCGAAAGCAGGUGGAGAGCAUUAAGAGGGAGCGUGCAGCCAUGGGGAUAGAGGUGGACAGCCCGUGUGGCCCCGGGGCCCCCUGUAGGGCCAAACUAGAAGCCACUGAAGUAGCCCAUCGGAAAGCACUGCAGCAGCUGCAGGAGAAACACGCGAGGGAGAUCAGGGAGCUGGAGGAGCAGAGAGAUAGGAUGCUUCAGGAGGAGAGCCAGGCAGCUGCCAAAGCUAUGGAGGCACUGAGAGCAGCUCACAGGGAGGAGCUGGAGAGAGAGGUGGAGAAGGCCAAGAAACUGGCUGGAGGAGUCGCACACGUGGAUGCUUCAUACAGAGCCAACAUGCCGCAGGCAGACAUCUUGCACAGUGAGUUAGAUGUGCUGUCAGAGCGCUAUUCCCAGAAGUGCCUGGAGCUGAGCCGCACAGAGCAGAGCAGCCUGGGCCGAGAGACAGAGCUCAGUCGCAAGGAGAGGGAGCUGGAGCAGCUCAGAAGAGAGAACCAGGAGCUUAAGGCCAAACUGGCGGAAGAGAUCAGCCGCAUGCGUUACUUCAUCACAGGGCAGAGGUCGGGCACAGUAUCUCUUGGCAACACUGAGCGCGCCGCAUCAGAAGUAGAG